GUUAUUAUCAAAGACAAAUCUAGUUAGUUUGGAUCUAAUGACACUAGAUAUAAGUUAGACUUGGAAAUACUGGACCUCAGCUUCCCUAAAUCUUAUAGACGAAGGACACACUAUAGAAAAUGGCCCACAAACGCCCACAGCAAAUACCAAAAACCCACGAACGAGCUGUAGGACCCCGGGGCGUGGACACUAAGGCCAACAAUGAGCUCUUCCUAAAGGAGGUCCUCAACGCUUCCAACAAAUUCCGGGCAAUGCAUGGCUGUCCGGCUUUGACUGUGAAUCCGGAAUUAAAUAAACUUGCUCAAGAAUGGGCUAAUCACCUGCGGGACAAUAACAUAAUGCAACACCGACCCAAUCCGAAAUACGGCGAGAAUAUAUUCCUAUCCGGCGGAAUGGAUGUUGCUGGGGAUUUGCCCGUAGAAAUGUGGUAUCGGGAAAUGAGUAGUUAUGACUUUAACAAGGCUGAAUUUGUGGCAAAAUCAGGACAUUUCACGCAACUAAUUUGGAAGGCCUCCAAGGAAAUGGGCGCCGGUGUGGCUCGAAAAGCGGACAAGACCUGGGUUGUUUGCAAUUACAAUCCCGCCGGCAAUAUUGUGGGAAACUUUAAGGAUAAUGUACCACGUAAAAUUGAACAAGCUGCAGGACCCCGGGGCGCGGACACCAAUGCCAACAAUGAGGUCUUCCUGAAGGAUGUCUUAAACACCACCAAUAAACUCCGGGCAAUGCAUGGCUGUCCGGCCUUGACUGUGAAUGCGGAACUGAAUAAAUUGGCUCAAGAAUGGGCUAAUCAUCUGCGAGACAAAAACAUAAUGCAACACCGACCCAAUCCCAAAUACGGCGAGAAUAUAUUCCUUUCCGGUGGAAUGGAUGUCGAAGGGGAAUUGCCCGUGAAUAUGUGGUAUCGGGAAAUCAAUAGCUACAACUUUGACAAGGCUGAAUUCGUGCCAACUGCAGGACAUUUUACACAACUAAUUUGGAAGGCCUCCAAGGAAGUGGGUACCGGUGUGGCUCGAAGAGAUGACAGAACCUGGGUCGUUUGCAAUUACAAUCCUCCUGGCAAUGUUGGGGGCCUAUUCAAGGAUAAUGUACCACAAAAAAAGUUGUAAAUAAAAACAUCAGAGGUCCA